AUGACAAGCAUCUGGUUUAAAGGACAGACGACAACUUUGGCCUUCCCCGUGAAGUGUUCUGACGUUGUCGAGAAGCUCAAAAUUGAAAAUGUCCCGUCACAGGUUGUCGGGUUAAAGGUGAAUGGCAUUGCACAGACCCUAUCAAGUUACAUACUAACACCAGAAUGUGAGGUUGCGCCGUGCUACAUUGACUCUGUUGAAGGUAAAAACAUGUGUCGCCGCACCGAAGCGUUCUUACUCCGUCUUGCGUUACACAAGACUUUUCCAUCCACGCGAAUGGCUGUUAUAGCUGAAUUUGGCGAUGGGACGAAGUACUCUCUUGACCCGCUUUUGACGCCCGAAGAGCUUCAAAUUGUUUAUAAAGAGUACGAAGCCCUUCACCACAGAGUUUUAACACCACUUCGAAUGUCAUUCAAUUCUUGCAAACAGUUCUUUACUGAGACGAAGCAACUUCAUUCGCUUUCGUUGGUGUGUUCCUUGAACAACCCGUUCUAUGAGUGCAUUUCACUUGACAAAUUCUAUACCUUGACUCUUUCACAACCAUUUGUGUCGGACCCAAGUGUCUUCAAACAGAAGGCGUUGCUCAGAUUGGAAGGAGCAACCGUUUUCUUGGAUUACCCCGACUUUAUGGUGACGGACUCGUACACGAUGGAACAAAACCCUAUUCCUACAUGUCAGUUGUACAACAAUUUGGAUGUUGGAGAAGUCAAUAAAACAAUCACACAAAGGACGUACGACGAGAACGUGUUAGAAGCCGAGAAUUACCACACGCGGCAAUUGGCCAAGUUGAUUGAUAAAGUCGAGGAGAAAGACACACAACUGAUAUUAAUAGCGGGGCCAAGCUCUUCGGGGAAGACCACUUUUGCUCAUAAAGUCAGUCUUGCGUUGGAGGGAAUCGGUCAUAAGCCACUUGUGAUGUCUGUAGAUAACUACUAUGUCAAUAAAGACAAAUGUCCUCUUGAUGAGAAUGGACAGCGCGACUGGGAACGCAUCGACGCGCUCCGUCUCGACUUGAUUAAUCAACACCUUUGUGACUUAAUGGACGGCAAAGAGAUCAAAAUCCCACACUUCGACUUCGCGACGUCAACGGAGACUGUUGGGAAGGGGACGUCUGCUUCUUUAGCGCGCGGGGGUAUAAUCAUCAUGGAAGGGAUUCAUUGUCUUGAUGAGAGAAUGACACAAAAGGUACCUCAUGAGAAGAAAGUGAAGGUCUUUAUAGCGCCAGUCUCUCAUUCAGUGUGUUUGACUGAUGAUGUCGUCUUAGAUAACAAUUUCUUACGAAUUCAACGCCGAAUGGUCAGAGAUAUGUUAUUUAGAGGAUACCCCGUCGAACGCACUCUUGAAGUCUGGGACAACGUUGCCGGCGCGGAAAAGAUUUGGAUCUACCCGUACAUCAAAGAGGCGGAUUUCGUCUACACCACGUUCAUGGCAUAUGAAGUCAAUUUGCUCGUCACGUUCUCGCAAUGUUUGCUCCGCGCAGUUAACCCCAACGACCCUCUGUAUGGAUUUGCACAAUCAUAUCUCCGAUUGCUCUCAUUCUACUUACCAAUGGACUCGGUGGGAUUCGCACCAAAUUCGGUGUUAAGAGAGUUUUGUGGGGGAGGAGUGUUUAACUGCCAUUGA